AUGCACAUCCCACUCACUAAGGGAAAAUUUGUGAACAGCUACAAAGAUAGUUUUGAGGGACUGGGAGCAUUUAAAAUGAGACCAUAUCACAUCACCUUAGAGGAGGGUGCAGAACCUGUUAUCCACCCACCCAGGUCGGUACCAGUCCACCUCCGUGAAUUGUACAAGCAAGAAAUCGACACGAUGCUUGAAGCAGUUGUCAUAGAACCUGUGGACACACCCACAGACUGGGUGAAUAGCAUUGUGUUGACAGAGACAACCAAUGACAAGGGGGAGAUCACAAAGAUCCGAGUCUGCCUGGACCCCCGGGACUUGAAUAAGUGGAUCAAGAGAGAACACCACUACACCAAGACGGUUGACGAAGUAGUGACACAACUAAGUGACGCCGAGUACUUCACCUUGAUAGAUGCAAAGAAAGGGUACUGGCACGUUCCCCUGGAUAACGAAAGUUCAUACCUCACAACGUUUGGAACACCAUUUGGAAGGUUCAAGUUUACCAGACUCCCAUUUGGACUGGUAGUAUCGCAGGAUAUUUUCCAACGACAACUCGGUUCAGCCCUUGAAGGCCUGAAUGGCGUGACCGGCAUUGCCGAUGACAUAUUCGUGUAUGGGUCCACUGAAGAGGAGCAUGACCGAAACCUGACAGACCUCAUGGGGAGAGCCCAAGAGAAGGGGAUUGUGUUCAAUGCUGAAAAGCUUCAGUUCAAAUGCAAUGAAGUUAGUUUUUUCGGACACACAUGGAGUCCGGAAGGGGUCCGCCCAGACAACAAGAAGGUGUCUGCGAUCCUAGACAUGGAAGCACCCAAAGACACUAAGAACCUUCAGAGCUUCUUAGGCUUAGUCAACUACCUCACAAGGUAUUCAGGGCAACUCGCCACCUUGACAGCACCCUUACGAGAGCUCACAAAGAAGGAAAGUGGACAACCUGUCUGCUAUGCGUCCAAGGCGCUCACAGAGACUGAGCAGAACUAUAGUAACAUAGAGCGCGAGGCUCUCGGGGUAGUAUGGGGACUAGAGAGGUUCCACUACUUCAUUUAUGGAAAGCAAUGUAAAGUUAACACUGACCAUAAACCCCUUGAGUCCAUUUUCAAAAAGAAACUAACCUCAUGUCCUGCUCGUUUACAGAGGUUCGUAUUGAGGGCACUCAAGUAUGACGUCACUGUCAAACUGUCACCUCAACCGGCACCGCCCAAGGGACAGCUACCCCAGUUGAGUAUCCACCAGGUGACUGACACACUACCAGCCUCACCAGCAAAAUUGCAGCAAAUCAGAGACCUGACCACUAGUGACCCAACCCUAAGCCAACUCAGAGACACCAUCUACAAAGGAUGGCCAGAGUCUAGAGAAAAGUGUCCCAGUAUGCUCUAUGAUUACUGGAAUUUCAGAGAAGAAUUGACAAUAGAAGAUGGCCUUGUCCUCAAGGGAAAGAGGAUUGUUAUACCACCUACCCUGAGACCAGAGAUCUUGGAUACCCUACACAAGGGACACCUGGGCCAGGAGAAGUGCCUCUUGAGAGCCCGCACCACUGUGUUUUGGCCAGGAAUCACCAAGGAUGUUGUAAACCUGGUGAAGACCUGCGAGGCAUGUCAAAAGCAUUAA